AAUACCUCAAGAAUUUAUUUAGGGUUCUACUGCUCUGCUCAUUACCACACUCCUUAUCUGCGAGCUUACAUCAAAUCAAAUCGUCCAAAUUUGCAGAAAUGGGCGCUAAUGCAAACGAAUCUGCUCCAAUUCUACACGAAAUUGAACGAUUAAAGAUCGAAAAAAGUAAGAUAGAGAAUCGAAUUGCAGAACUUGAAUCUCAACUCCAUCAAAUUAAUAAUCUCCAAAGUGACAACGACGUCGUUCCCUCUGCCACUGUUUCUUCCCAUGGUUUGUCGUCUGAUGAUAUUUACCGUUACAGUCGCCAGCUUUUGCUCCCUUCUUUUGGAAUUCAAGCGCAGUCAAAGCUGUUGAAAUCUUCAAUUUUAGUAGUUGGAGCUGGCGGAUUGGGAUCACCUGCUUUGUUAUAUCUUGCAGCUUGUGGUGUUGGUCGGUUAGGUGUUGUUGACCAUGAUGUUGUUGAGCUAAAUAAUAUGCACAGACAGAUUAUACAUACUGAAGCAUUUAUUGGUCAACCAAAAGUGAAAUCUGCUGCUGCUUCCUGUCGCUCCAUCAACUCCACCAUUCAGAUUAUUGAACACCAAGAAGCUUUGCGAACAUCUAAUGCCUUGGAAAUUUUUAGCCAAUAUGACAUAAUUGUAGAUGCAACAGAUAAUGCUCCAAGUCGAUACAUGAUUAGUGAUUGUUGUGUGGUGUUAGGGAAGCCUCUUGUAUCAGGUGCUGCACUGGGAUUAGAAGGGCAGCUCACGGUCUACAAUUAUAAAGGAGGUCCAUGCUAUCGAUGCCUUUUUCCAACUCCACCUCCUUCAACAGCGUGCCAAAGAUGUUCUGAUAGUGGAGUUCUAGGAGUUGUUCCCGGCAUUAUUGGUUGUCUUCAAGCAUUGGAGGCCAUUAAAAUUGCAGCCGACAUAGGGGAACCACUGUCAGGAAGGAUGCUACUGCUUGAUGCUCUGUCAGCAAGAAUUCGUAUUGUCAAGAUUAGGGGUCGGUCAUCACAAUGUGAAGCUUGUGGAGAAAAUGCUGCAUUCACUCGAAAGCAAUUUAGAGAUUUCGAUUAUGAGAAGUUCACUCAGACUCCAUUAUCAACGGCUCCGUUGAAAUUGAACCUCCUUCCGGCAGAUUCCCGAAUUAACAGUAAAGAGUUCCACGAGAAAAUAGUCAAUGGGGAACCACACAUUCUGAUAGACGUACGUCCUGCUCACCAUUUCAAGAUUGUUUCCCUCCGGAAUGCCCUCAACAUCCCGCUGUCGACUUUGGAAGCUAGGUUGCCUGAAGUUUCCUCAGCUUUGAAGGAAGAGGGAGAGCGGAGGGGUGUCGAAGCAGAAUCCGAAGUGAAGUUAUAUGUAGUGUGUAGAAGAGGUAAUGAUUCCCAAAGGGGAGUUGAUUUGUUACACAAGAAAGGGUUUGAGUCAGCCAAGGACAUCAUCGGAGGCAUUGAGGCUUGGGCUCAUGACGUAGAUCCAAAUUUCCCUACCUAUUGAAAUUCGAAUGUGCAUUAUUGUAGACUUAUUUUCAAUAUCGACCAAUAUUUAAUAAGUGAGCUUAAUAAGUGAAAGGUAAGGAAAGAUUUGAUGAAGCAACUUUAAUGUAUGAAUUUGAAGUAUAAUAGUGUUUGCAUAACGUCACAGUUGUGAAAAAACAAUU